GUCUCCCGGAGGGGGGCCGGUCUCCGGACCCUUCGGGAGGAGGGGGGGGGCGGAGCUCCUACGCGUGAUCCGGACACGCGGCCGGUGGUCCUGUCCCGAUUUAGCCACUCGGGCCACGGAGGGAACGUCUGCCCUCUCGUCCAGGUUUCCGAAUGGAAGCCCGCCCCCGGUGCCGCUUCCCGGCGUCCUCCCGUCGCACGAGCCCGCGGGAUGGGACCGCCGCCCUUCUCCGUCCGAGACGCCUCUGAAAACUUCCACGCGUCUCAGCCCCGACCGUCCGGCCUCCCCGAGGACGGGCCUUUACGUUGACUCGCCAGAUCCCCGUCCCGGAGCCCGACCCCGCCGGGAGGCGGUCGGGAGCUGGACGGCGCCGUCCCCCGGGGGGGGCCGUCCCGCACCCGGGGCUGUUGCCUGAGGACUCCGGCCCUCCGUCACCAAAAGACCGACAGGAAGCCCCACGGAAGAGGGAGGGAGUCACGUAUCAGAGCGCGCUCUGGGCUCGCGUGACCCCCCGGGCCUCGGCGGUGAUGGGAAAACGAGUCGCGUCCCUCCUCCGAUCCCGCCUCGCCGCCCCCCUCGCCGUAACCCGCUCUCGACGCUCUUCCCAGCCCUCCGCCGCGGGAACAGGCUCCGGACCAUGUGGGCGGCCUGCUGCAACUGGUUCUGCCUGGACGGGGGGCCGGAGCCGCCCCCGCAGCCCCCGGGAGUCCGGGUCCGGGCCUACUCCAACCCCGGCUUCAGCUCCCACCCGUCCCCGACCGGGGCCCAGCCGGCCUGCCGGGCCUGCGGACGGCCCUGCGGAGGCCCGGCGCGGGAGCACGCGUGCCCGGACUGCGGACAGACCUCGUGCCCGUCCUGCCGCGGGCCGGCCGGGGCCGGGCCCCCCCUCUGCCCCCCGUGCCGGCGGGUCCGGGCCACGGCCUUCCGGCGCGACGAGCUGAUGAAGAUGAAGGUGAAGGAGCUGCGGGAUUACCUGUCCCGCCACGGCGUCUCCUCCGAGACCUGCCGCGAGAAGGAGGAGCUGGUGCGCCUGGUGCUCGCCCGCCGGCCCGCCGCCGGCCCGCCCCCGGACCCGCCCGCGCCCCCCGGGCCCCUCCCGCGGACUCGGGAAGACCCUCAGGCCGCGUCUCCCCCUCCCCCCCGCCCCGUUCAGGCCGACGGGCGCGUACCCCGGGACGGAGACGAGGGCGAGCGUCCGGCGGCGGCCGAGGACGAGACCCGCGCGGGGGCUGCCGAGCGAGAGGCGGACGCUUCGUCCGUGGACUCGGACGAGGCCCCGCCGGCCGGACGCAGGGCCUCCCUGUCGGACCUGGGGCGCGAGGAGGACGUCGAGGCCCUGAGCGUGCGCCAGCUGAAGGAGAUCCUGGCCCGCAACUUCGUCAACUACAAGGGCUGCUGUGAGAAGUGGGAGCUGAUGGAGCGGGUCACCCGCCUGUUCCGGGACCGGCAGAGGGAACUCCGGCACCCGGGGAGCGCGGCCGCCCUGGGCCUCGAGGAGAACCUGUGCAAGAUCUGCAUGGACUCGCCCGUCGACUGCGUCCUGCUCGAGUGCGGCCACAUGGUCACCUGCACCAAAUGCGGUAAGCGCAUGAGCGAGUGUCCCAUCUGCCGCCAGUACGUCAUCCGCGCCGUCCGCGUCUUCCGCUCCUGACCUCGCGGACGCCGCCGUGACCGGACGACCCGGGGGCCCUCCGGCCCGCUCGGCCCC